AUGGCACUGCAUCAAUAUUUAUCAGAAGCUUAUGGACCUACCAAGACCAAAAAUAAAACAAAAAAGAAGAAGAAGGAGACAAAAUCAGAUGCUGAUUCAGACGCAGCUUAUUUGGUAGUGAAAGAACGACUUAGCACAUUAGAACGGGAGCACCGUAGGUCUGAAGCUACUUUGUACAACAAAUUUGAUAAACCUAAUAACAGGAACACAUGGAAAAACUUGGAGACGAACGUGCUCUCUCACACAAUAGCGCAUUCCCCUACAUCUUCAAUUACGGAUCAAAAUGACAAGAGCGAUGUGGAAGAAAGCACCACUCAAAAGUCACUUGACAUAAUGGCAGACAAAGGCAAGACACGAGAGACUAUAUACAGAGACGCUCAAGGUCACAAAAUACAAGACAACUACAACGUAAACGACUUAAGAUCUGGCCGAUCUAAGACUGAAGAUGAUGAAGCCUUAGACAGGGAGCAAUAUUUAAGAGUUUUGAAUAUGGGAGACGUGCAAAAGUCGGGAAUUAAUGUAGACACACAUGAGAAGAAGAAGAAUCAAAAUACCUCAAAUUUAACAAUAGAAGAUCCUGCUAUGAGGUUUACCUAUGAUGAUAAAAUAGGUAUGAAAACAUCAUUACUGGGUCGUAAACUUUAUAGUAAAUCAGCACCCGAGAACAGGUUUGGUAUAACCCCUGGAUCAAGGUGGGACGGUGUCCACAGAUCGAAUGGUUUUGAAGAAAAGUGGUUUGGCAAGCAAAACGAAAUCAGUGAGAAGAAAGUACAAAGUUAUACAUUACAAGAAGACUACUGA